UCGUUUUAACUUGACAUUAAACUGAAGUGUCCUAUUUCCGCUUCGAAAGGAGUUUGUAUGUGAGAGAGUGCUAAAGCUUCGUAUCUUCGGCGGAUUAGAGUUAAGUACAUCUUACAAUACACUGCUGGACUACUAAUGGGAUAGAGGGGGCCAGUGGGGCGAGCACGGAGAGGAAGUGUAGACACAUUUUCACCUGUGAUCAAAGGUGUGAAGUCGAUAUCGUUUGGAAUGUGAAGAAUUCGAUAAUUUUCACCCAAUUAUCAGGAAUAAAUAAAUAAUUUUCCUCAUCCGUAAAUCGACAGUUAGUGAUUCGAUUGUGGAAAUAUAUGUUUGAAUACUCAAGUUAUUUUCUAGAAAAAAAAAAGGAGAUAUAUAUCAUUUCUUAUAGAGGAGUGAGUUUUAUGAUGACGGCUGGAGUUAUAGUACAAUGAAUGGAAUAGCUCUAAGACAGUAUCAGCACUAUCAUAAUAGUGUGUCGGGGAUCUCCCCGUGUACCGAGGGUAAAUACCGUCCCUCCACAUCCAUCCGGACAGAUACACUGACUGACAAGUACACAAUCCAGGGAGAGAUCGGCAGAGGAAAGUUUGCUGUUGUAAAGAAAUGCAUCCACAAUGAGACAGGGGAAGAAGUGGCCGCCAAAUUUAUCCGCAAGCGGCGGAAAGGGAAAUCAUGCCGGGAGGAGAUCCUGAGGGAGGUGGUGAUGCUCGAGCUUGGACUCGAGCACCCGAGACUGGUCGAUCUCAAGGAGGUGUUCGAGACACCCAAUGAGCUCGUACUCAUAACUGAGUACUGUGCGGGAGGUGAGUUGUUCACGGAGUGUGUCAUUGAGGAAUCCUUCUCUGAAUCCGACGUUAUCCGGUUCCUGAUACAGAUCCUGGAGGGACUGGCGUACCUACAUGAGAGAAACAUAGUCCACCUAGACCUCAAGCCCCAGAACAUUUUGUUUACGAAGCCAUUCCCCCAUGGAGACAUCAAGGUGUGUGACCUGGGCUUCGCCUGUCUGGUCAACACUGGGGAGGACAUCAGAGAUAUCAUUGGUACACCCGACUAUGUGGCUCCAGAGGUGCUAUCCUAUGAGCCUCUUGGUCUCUAUACAGACAUGUGGAGCCUGGGUGUUCUGACCUAUGUGAUGCUGACCGCCCACUCACCUUUUGCCGGGAAAGACAACCAGGAAACCUUCCUCAACAUAUCCCAGGUCAACCUGGACUUUCCGGAGAACCUGUUCAAGGAGACCUCACCGCAGGCACAGGACUUCAUCACCAGGUUACUGGUCAAAGAGCCAGAGGACAGAAUGACUGCCAAGCAAUGUAUGCAACAUCCCUGGUUAUCAUGUCGAGUGGACCCAGAGAAAAUGCUGGAGAUAUCUAUAAAGGAGGAGGAGGGAAUUAGUGAUCAGCUAAAAAGCACCAAUCAGGACACAAAUUGUGAAAGCAUAACCAAUGAAAACACUUCUGAAUGUGAAUCAACUAAUCAGAACUCAGAUAACAGCAGGUUAUCAACAAAGAAAGAAAAUCCGGAGGAAGUGUUACGAGAGAUAUCUAAAGAGAACAUAUCGACGGAGAGAGGGACUUCAGGUGAUGAAGAAGUGAAGAAGUUUAAAAAGUGUUCAGAAGACAUUUUGGAUUCGUGUGGUAAAGGAGUGGACAGCUCCCCCAUGGAGUGCAAUGAAAACAAGGACAGUAUCACAUUCACGCCAAGUUCUAUAGGCCCCAUGGAGGCUGAUGACGAUGCAGACAACAAAGUCUCCUAUGUUUAACUAGUUGUCUGUUGUCUUUGUUGUUUUUGAUUUCGUCUCAUAUCUAAAGGGCAGAUUUAAGGAAACAAACAAUGCUUGGUUUAAAUAUGUUUUUCUUUUACAUAGAAAACAGAGGAGGAAAGAAAAGGAAAUUUUUACAAGUAUAUUUUUUACAUGUGAACUGAAUGUUAAUUUGGAACAUGCAUAAUCUCUUGGUUACAUUAAUUUAUCAAAAAUGAUUUGUUAGAAAGGAAGCUUUUUUAUUUUUUUGGUAAACCAUACCCUUAUUUGGACUGCAAAUCCAUAGGUUUACAGUGAAAUACGUGAAUUUCCUGGUAUAGAAAUGUCCAUGCUAGAUCUGUAAGGGGCAACUGUUUGGACUGUUCAGUGUCCCUAAGGGGUUCAAUGCUCUGUAAGGUUGAUCGUUAGCUGUGUUUUGGACUUUACCCCCUUCCAAUCUCCCCUCCCUGGCAGACUAGUGUCAAAUGGUCAGCCUCCAAAGCCCUAUACAUAUAAUAGAAGUUUCAGGAAUUAUUGUCUUUAACAUGUCUGAAGUUGUUGAUAGAAAUGACACAAGUGUAUUCCUUUAGCUUAGUUUUCUUUUUCCUAAGAGAGAGAGAGAGAGAGAGAAAGAGAGAGAGGUUAAGCCAAAAUAUUUCCAGCACUUUCUAGUGGGAUCAAAUCCAUUUUUUCAGUAUAUAUAUAUAAUUAUAUAUGAAACGAUUAUUUACAUUAUACAUGCAUAUAUGCUAUAUAAUUAUAUAGACUGACUGAUCCACAGUGGACCAAAGAAAAAGUUCUUUCUGUAGCAAUAGAUUACAUUUAUAUUUUGCUUUGUCUUUUGACUUAUUAGUUAAUACACCAGCAUGUACACAAUGUCGGAUACUGUGGGUUUUAUUUUUGUUAGUACCGGUACAUCACCAGUCCUUUUAGUGUUUAGUAAUUCAGGACCAAGUCACCCCGAUUCCAUAUAAAGCUUCUGGUUUCCUCUGCACCAAGAUAUUGGAACCAAUUUUUAUGAUCAUUAUCACUCCCUUCAGAAUUGACCAUUGCAAAUGUAUGCAGCUGUUUAAUAUGUGGUUGGUGUUUAUUGAAUAAGAGCUCUUUAUAUCAAGUUCAGGAACUUAAUUGAAUCAUUUUUUCACUGUUGCUUAUUGCUUCAUAUGAAUUUAGAUUUCAUUUUCGUAAAUGAUAUGUAUAUGCACAGCAAUUGAAAUUCGGAAUUUUAUGCAUUAAAAAUUCUAGAAAGAGAUAGGUAAAUUUUUAAAAAUUGAUAUUGUCUUAAGCUAAAAAGAACUAAUGUAAUUCAACAUUAUCGAUAUCCCCCGACAUUCCAGAAGAUCAAGAUAUAUUUAAUUGGGGUGUCCAGAAAUUCAGCAACACUUGUUAGCAGGCAUUAGGAAUUUUUAUGGCAUUCUAGUUCAGAUAAAGCUGUCAGCUUAUUCCUUGGGCAACAGAGAAAUUAGGUUAUUACACAUGUACUACAGGAGAAAAGUAAAGCUCAUAAUAUGGAUAUAUGGAGUCACUUUUGUGAUUUUUAAUUUAUACACAUAUUAAGUUAUUUCCCCUUGCAUCCAUUCCAGUUCAAAAUUUAUUUGCAAGUAUCAGAACGCUUGUUUAAUUCAUACGAGCACAUCUACACCCAUUUUAGUACACCCAUUCCUCAAUGAUUGGCCAGGGUAACAUAUCAAAAACACCCCUUAUAUCGUAAGCCCCCCCCCCCCCAAAGCUUUACGCUUACCUUAAUCUAAAAUAUGACAUAUCUAACAGUAUAUCUAUCAGUAAUGGCCGUUUAUUGCUGGUAAUAUGAGGGCUGUAAAACCCCCUGAUUUUGUUUACACUGUAGGGUCCAAUAUUGUCUCAUAGAUUGGUACGUUCUGUGGAGUUCUCGUUCUGUGUAUUCCUUGUACAGUUUUUUUUUCUCCCGUAGAUGCGUAGUAGUGUAGUUAUGCUGUGAACCAGACUAUGUCAUGGUCUCUAUUCCCUGUGUAUAUAAAAUAGCUGGUUCUGCAACAUAGUAUAAAUCAACUGAUGGGGUAUCUAUGCAAAACCAGAUCCUUUUCUGCUUUUGUUUUGUGGAUGUUUGAAUGCUUUUUAACCUGUUUUUUAAAGUCAUCAGAUUUUUUUUCUCCUGAUGGGUACAGAGACUUUUUAAUAAGAAAAACAGUAACAAUUUGUAUUUUUGUUUUUUUCAUAGGUGUUCAUAAUUAUUCAGAUAUUUCUUUUUUCAAAAUGCUUAUUAUAUACAAUUUUACAGGACCACAGCAAAGUGCUUUUGUUUUCACAAAGUCAUUAUGUCUAAGUAUUGUUCAUAUAG